CGGCACGUGCCGCUGCGCUCAGCCAAUGCGGAGCCCCGUGGGGAGGUCACGUGCCGCUGUUUGGCGCUUUUGUGCGCGCCCAGGUCUGUUGGUGCUCAGUGUGGCCAGGCGGCUCGGACCGAGCAGGGCUUUCCUUACCAGUGGAUUGUGUAGAAUACACUGCCAGUCUCUUGUCUUCUAUUCACCAUGGCUUCUUCUGAUAUUCAGGUGAAAGAACUGGAGAAGCGUGCCUCAGGCCAGGCUUUUGAGCUGAUUCUCAGCCCUCGGUCAAAAGAAUCGGUCCCAGAUUUCCCCCUUUCCCCUCCAAAGAAGAAGGAUCUUUCCCUGGAGGAAAUUCAGAAGAAAUUAGAAGCUGCAGAAGAAAGACGCAAGUCUCAUGAAGCUGAGGUCUUGAAGCAGCUUGCUGAGAAACGAGAGCAUGAGAAAGAAGUGAUUCAGAAAGCAAUAGAAGAAAACAACAACUUCAGUAAAAUGGCGGAAGAGAAACUGACCCACAAAAUGGAAGCUAACAAAGAGAACCGAGAGGCACAAAUGGCUGCCAAACUGGAGCGUUUGCGAGAGAAGGAUAAGCACAUUGAAGAAGUGCGGAAGAACAAAGAAUCCAAAGACCCUGCUGAUGAAACUGAAGCUGACUAAUUUGUUCUGAGAACUGACUUUCUCCCCUUCCCCUUCCUAAAUAUCCAAAGACUGUACUGGCCAGUGUCAUUUUAUUUUUUCCCUCCUGACAAAUAUUCUAGAAGCUAAUGUAGGACUGUAUAGGUAGAUCCAGACUGUAAGAUGUUGUUUUAGGGGAUAAAGGGGAGAAACUGAAAGUGUUUUAAUCUUUUUCUAAUGUGUUGGUCUUUUUAAUGUAGCUAUUUUUAUUGUUGCAUCUUUUCUACUUCAGUGCACUUGGUGUACUGGGUUAAUGGCUAGUACUGUAUUGGCUCUGUGAAAACAUGUUUGUGAAGAGUAUGUAGUGGCUUCUUUCAAAUUGUUAGAUGCUGAAUAUCUGUUCACUUUUCAAUCCCAAUUCUGUCCCAAUCUUACCAGAUGCUACUGUACUUGAAUGGUUAAUAAAACUGCACAGUGCUGUUGG